AUGGAUGGGGAUGCUGAGUUUGAGUCGGGUGUGACCAACCAGUCUUCGGAUGGACCAAGCGAAAACAUAUUCGACGGCUACAGCUCAGACAGCCACCAACACUACGGUCUAGGCCCAGAACCGUGUUGCCAACAAGAAGAAGUUGAACCGGAAGAGGAUUCCGAAAGGGAUCCGGAAGAAGUCCAUGUUUCCAAUGAUCAAAUGUUGGAACCGGAAGUUAUCGUUAUUCCGGAUUCACCAGAUCCUCCAGUUGUCCAACUGCUUUAUGAAGUUGUUGUGAUCUCGUCAGAUAGCGAAGAGGAAGAAAGUCCCAUACGAACGCCCUUUGUUUCCCAAGUGUUCCAGUCCCAUACGUCAACUCCGGAGCAAGUAGUACCGGAGAUUACCUUACCACCAAGUGUGGAUCCUUACUCACACAGCACCGAGUAUUGGGAAAGAUACAUGAAAAGGCUUCGACAGUCAGAGUCCUACCAGGAUUGGCAUAAUAGGGACGCUCCGCAGGUUAUUCAAGAUUUUCCACCAGUUCCAACAUACACACAUGUUGGGAAUCCCAUGGAAAUCAGAAAUGAGUCUUACGGAAUAUCAGAAGCAGUACAAGACUCGAGAGCACCAGGACCUAGUAGAGGAUACGAGAUCUGA